UCGUCGCCCGGAAGUAGACUCGGUGAAAUUCCUCUUCAGAUUGAUAUCGCAGCAAAAUGUGUAGGAAGGACUGAGACCAGCUGAAAGCUGUGGCUGUUCGACGUUUAUUAUCUCAUUUUUAUCGACAUUCAGCAUUCACCCGGAUCAUUGUCUAAUAUUAUACUAUCUGAUGCCUUCUUUCAUACUAGUCGCGUCUAAUAAGACGAACAGAAGGUGCUCGUGAAUUUUGGCAAAUAACGGACAGUAAGUCAGAUGUUGAGAGCAUAACUAGAACUUACGUUACCAUCCAAACAUGGUGCUUUGACAGAAGUGAUGCUGCAUCGCAAGUAUGGAGUCUUUAAUAUUUUAUCUAGUGCUGUUAGCUCCACUUCUAGUCUAUUCUGCUGUGAAACCAGCCUCUUUUGAAGAAGACUUGAGAAAUAAGGAAGAGGCACAAGAGUUUGAUGCGCUCAGCUCCUUACUGUCAGACUUUGAUGUGGUGCCUGCAUCAGGACUCCAGCUUCACUCGCUCAGGAAGAGGGAUGUUGAUGCCCGGUCACAUGUGGAGCGGCUGGUCAGCUUCACAGCUCUCCGGAGGAACUUCAGUCUGUACUUGACAACCAACACAGAACUUUUCACGGACAACUUCAAGGCUGUUUUCGUAGAUGAGAAUGGAAAAGAGAACCAAUAUGAUAUUCAGUUACAGAAUUACUUUAAAGGACACGUAGUGGGAGAGGAGCACUCACGAGUGCAAGCACACAUAGACGGGGAUGAGUUUUCAGCCCACAUUCUUACUGAAGAGGCUGAAUAUAAUGUAGAGCCCUUGUGGCGGUUUACAGAGUCGCCCCCUGAUGGCCGAAUGCUGGUGUACCGCUCAGAGGACAUUAAGAAUAUUAGUCGACUGUCCUCACCCAAAGUGUGUGGAUAUGUGAACGCUGAUGCCCAGGAUCUCCUCCCAGAAGAGGCAGCAGGACAAACGGAACAGGAGGAGCCUCACAACAGAGAGAGAAGAUCUGCAUACGACCACAAGAAGAACACCUGCCCGCUGCUGUUAGUGGCAGAUCAUCGCUUCUUUAAGCACAUGGGCCGUGGAGAGGAGAGCACCACCCUCAACUACUUGAUUGAGCUGAUAGACAGAGUGGAUGAUAUCUAUAGGAACACAUCCUGGGAUCAUGAAUUUAUAGGUUACGGUGUGCAGAUUCAACAGAUAAUCAUAAAUAAAUGGCCCACAAAAGUUUCCCCAGGAGAGAAUCACUACAAUAUGGAUGGAAGCCCAAUUGAAAGAAGUGGCCGUGUGUGGGAUGUGAAGAAACUUCUGGAACAAUUCAGUUAUGACAUCGCAGACAACGCCUCUGCAGUUUGCCUUGCCCAUCUCUUCACCUAUCAGGACUUUGAUGAUGGCACUCUGGGUCUGGCAUACGUGGCCCCUUCCAAACAGGGAUUGGGAGGGCUCUGCCCUAAACCCUACUAUCCAUCACAGUCUGUCAAGAAACCCAGUUACCUGAACACUGGCUUGACAAGCACCAUGAAUUAUGGGAAAACUAUUCUGACUAAGGAAGCAGAUCUUGUAACCACUCAUGAGCUCGGACACAACUUUGGAGCUGAACACGAUCCAGACACUGUACCUGGUUGUGCGCCCAGAGACGACCAGGGCGGCAAAUAUGUCAUGUACCCUAUCGCGGUCAGCGGAGAUCACUUCAACAACAAGCGCUUCUCCAGUUGUAGCAGGAACUCCGUCAUUAAGGCGUUAAAGGCUAAGGCCCACCAGUGCUUUAAGGAGAGGAGCAGUAAGCUGUGUGGGAACUCCCGUGUGGAGGAGGACGAAGACUGCGACCCUGGACUGCUUCAUCUCCAGGAUGACCCCUGCUGCACAGAGAAGUGCAAAUUCAGGAAGCCGGCAAAAUGCAGUGACAGGAACAGCCCCUGCUGCAAGAACUGUAAGUUUGAAAGUGCAGACAAGAUCUGUCAGGAGACCAUCACUGCCACCUGCAAAAACAUGUCCAGGUGCACAGGCAACAGCAGUGAGUGCCCCACGCCUGGUAACCUGGCUGACAAUACAGAGUGUGUGGACAAAGGUCGAUGUCAGAAGGGCGAGUGCAAGCCUUUCUGUGAGGCCUUGCAUCAACUUGAGUCCUGCGCCUGCAAUGAGACCGAGGAUUCAUGUAAAGUUUGCUGUAGGAGCAGAGACGGGCUGUGCACUCCCUAUGUUGGUGGAGGGAAAUUUCUUUACCUGCGCAAGGGCAAACCCUGUACUGUUGGCUUCUGUGAUGGGGACGGCAAAUGCAUGAAGCAGGUCCAAGAUGUCAUUGAACGUUUAUGGGACUUCAUAGACAAACUGGACAUCAACACAUUUGGGAAGUUCUUGGCUGACAACAUAGUGGGAUCAGUGGUGGUCUUCUCUCUCCUGUUCUGGAUUCCCCUAAGCAUACUGGUGCACUGUGUGGACAAGAAACUGGAUCAACAAUAUGAGGAAAAAUCCAAAACCAUGAUGUUCCCUAGUCAGAUGAUAGUGGAGGUGUGUAGUAGAGCUCUCAACUCAGAGCGCAGAGAUGCAGAGCAGUCAGGAACCGUUGCCCUUCCGCAUCGUCAAGGUCGCUCCUCCGCCGUCAAUGGCAGCACGACCUCAGCUCUCAACGGGCCCCGCCGUGUCAUCGGCACAGGAGACGCUCGCCGCCCCAGGCCCUGCCAGCCUCUCCGCCGAACCCAGAGUGGAUCUGCUGCGAAUGGCCACAAUCGAGGAGGACCCCAGCGGAGACUCCUCUCACCUGGACGAGGAGGAAGGCUUCCCUCAAAGCGCCACAGCUGCCAGGUCCUUCGAGGACCUCACCGGACAGGCAAUGCCAUCCCGCGGGGACAAGAGACGGCUGAAGAGACAGGCGCGCAUUGACAGUAAGGAGACCGAGUGCUGAGAACACUCGUAUUCAAGUCAAAGAUCACUCGAUUGAGACGAGCCGUAAUAAACGGUGCAAUCAGGAUUCAUUUUGUUGGUGAGUUUAAAAGUCUAUGUGAUGUGUUGACUGCUGACAUAUUUCGGUUGUUUUUUAAACAAUUUGUAGCAUUCUUUUAAUGCACAAUUGUCCUUACAAAUAGUGUCACUUAAAAGCAAGUCAGUAACUGCUAAGAUAAAUAACUGAUGUUUGGUUAAAUUAAAGGAAUACAUUCAAUAUGGCUUUGGACAACUGCGAAAUGCGACUAGCCUAUCAGUUUUUAAUAGCGAGCAAAAAUACACAUUGACGGGUAUGAACUUGAAUGAAUUUGUAAUGAAAGUUUUAGGGGUUGAAGUGAAAAUGAAAAUUCAGCCAUUUGCUCACCCUCAUGUCGCUACAUGGGAGGGGGAAAACACUUUAUUUUUCUUUUUUUUUCCGUCCAAACAUUGAGUGUCUAAUAUUUUUUGGACCCCAUUAACUUUCAUUGCAUGGACGAAAACAGUAUAAAACAUCCUUCAGAAUAUCCUGUUUUGUGUUUCACGGUAUAAAGAUAAUUAUAUAAAGUAUUGGAACAACAUGCAGGUGUGUAUAUAAUGACAGAAUUUUCAUUUUAGGAUGAACUGUUCCUUUAAUAAUUUGUAACUGUUUAGGUACUUUUAGUUGUUUUUAUAAUCUGAAGUACAAAUCAAAAUUAUUUUAUUGUGAUAAUUGACAAAUCAGAUGCUGUCUAUAGAGCUUAAAGGGACAGUUCACCCAAAACAAAUUCUGUUAUUAUUCAAUCGCCCUCAUGUCGUUUGAACCAGUCAAUAUGUGCCUUGUAAGUUAACACAGUUGCAGUUGUGCAAAUUCUUGUAUUCUCACUCAUUUAUACCUCAUUAAAAACACGAGCAGCAGGCCUACAGCACACCUCUAUACAUGUCAUCACACUUUUAAUGUUGCACUGGUCGACUCGCUGACAAAAUUCAAGUUUUGCAUGUUCUAUGCCAUAUGUAUAUAAAUUACUUGUGUGUUAAUGGGAACUGUAGAGGUGAUGCUAUGUAUAACAAGUUUUCUUGGCUGAAUGAUAGAAAGUGCACAGGGUGUUGAAAAUGUUGUCAUAUAUUUUAAG